GCGAUGAUACAGCGCGUCUCCACCGCACACACACGCGUCUGGGAGUUACGCGCCGCGUAAAAGAAGCUCCGUUAACGAAAACCGCGGACGCGCAGCGGGACUUAAACGCGUUUCUGUCUCUCAGUCCGUCAGAAAAGCUCCACAUGUGUCACCAUGAUCCUCUUCUCAUCGCGUAGUGUGCUGCUGUCUGUGUAUUACCCGCAGAUCUUCCUCAUCCUCACCAGCGGCAGUUACCUGGCUCUUUCCUCUGUGGUGGCCCUCGGUGCAAACAUCAUCUGCAAUAAAAUCCCCGGUCUCGCCCCUCGCCAGCGUGCCAUCUGCCAGAGUCGACCCGACGCUAUCAUCGUGAUAGGAGAGGGGGCACAGCUGGGCAUCAACGAAUGCCAGUAUCAGUUCAGAUACAGCCGCUGGAACUGCUCGGCACUGGGAGAACGCACGGUCUUCGGACAAGAGCUGCGAGUAGGCAGCAGGGAGGCGGCAUUCACCUACGCCAUCACGGCCGCUGGUGUCGCUCACGCCGUCACCGCCGCAUGCAGCCAGGGCAACAUAAGCCACUGCGGGUGCGACCGGGAAAAGCAGGGCUAUUACAACCAGGAGGAGGGCUGGAAAUGGGGAGGAUGCUCGGCGGACAUCAAGUACGGCCUCGAGUUCUCACGGAAGUUCGUGGACGCCCGUGAGAUAAAAAAAAAUGCCCGUCGAUUGAUGAACCUUCAUAACAACGAAGCCGGGCGAAAAGUUCUUGAGGAACGAAUGAAGUUGGAAUGUAAGUGCCACGGCGUUUCGGGCUCCUGCACCACCAAAACAUGUUGGACCACGUUACCGAAAUUCCGUGAGAUCGGCUACGUCCUGAAGGACAAGUACAAUAAAGCGGUUCACGUGGAGGUCGUUCGAGCCACCCGACUGCGCCAGCCCACCUUUCUCAAGGUGAAGAAAACGAACGGUUAUCAAAAGCCCUUGGAGACGGACUUGGUCUUCAUAGAGCGAUCGCCGAACUAUUGCGAAGAGGACGCCAAAACUGGCAGCGUGGGGACGCAGGGUCGACUGUGCAACCGAACUUCACCGCACACGGACGGUUGUGACCUCAUGUGCUGUGGGCGGGGCUACAACACACACCAGUACACCAAGGUGUGGCAGUGUAACUGUAAAUUUCAGUGGUGCUGUUUUGUGAAAUGCAACACUUGUAGCGAGCGGACGGAGGUUUUUACCUGUAAAUGAGCAGAUGUUAGUCUACAAAAAGUUGGGGUUCAAGUCCACAAGGUCAUGGAUGUGGUAGUGACAUGCAUUGGUUUUACCCAAUGAAUCCACGGAAUGGAAUCUGAACGGGAAUUUCGAUCUUAUCAGCUCUUCGUGGCGUUGUUUUGCACAGCUGAAUGUAUAUUUGCUUUAACACAGAGUUAAAUACUAAAGUCUAUCAAUAGAUACAAGGCCAGCACGUAUCCACACUGACUCGAGCUUAAGGACUGCAGGAUACCAGCCGUGCCCUGGACCCCAGUGCAUUCUGGGAUCUGUAGAUUUUCUUUCCAUAGGAAGCUCAUCAGAGAUUUAAUGGAGGUUUUUGGACAUUGACAGAACUGUUUGGAACAGCUAAUAAAACCACAAGACAUUGUUUCAUCUCAACAUGCUGCAUUUAAAGGCAAAGAGGAACUCAAAAUGUUGAGUUAUAUUUAAGAAGGAGCUCUGUAAACCAUGCAGACUGCAAAUCAAGGAUGUAUAAAAAAUUGCCAACUGGAACCUGAUAGAGUUUGUUAGUCAUCCAGUCACACUGGAACUGUCUGUUCGAACACUGAAAAUAAAUUAUUAUAUAUUAUAUGUUAUAGUCUCAUAAGGAACCGAAGCGCUAACGGGUAGAAAUGUCUUAUUUUGUACUAAGUGUAAAAAAGGAAACAUACGAAAUGAAAAGAAAGACUUUGUAGAAACUUGUGACUGAAGAUGUCUUUUAGAGGAGAAAAAGGCCCCAGAUAUUUUGACCCAAACCCAAAAUGGUUUUAUGGCUAAUGAUAUGUUGACUUUUGAAACCACUGUCAUUUGUUGGUCAGCUGAUACGUUGGUUCACCUUUGCUGUAAUCUAGCCGAAGGAUCGCAACAGAGAUAUGGAAAACUUUUCUUUUUCCAACUAGUUAAACAAACCUUGACUCAAAGAUCUCAAAGAUUCUUCCUCAGUUUAUUAAAUGUGGGAUGAGUAUAUUUUUGGAUAUGUUACAGAACGCUGCACUGAUAUUUUUUCUAUUCAGAUACGAUGCAAUUAAAUCAAAAUAAAUAUCAUUUGAGAUGUUAUUGCGGCAGAA